AUGCCCAUGGUUGAGCAUUGCCCAGGCAGCAAAGGACUGCCCCAUAAGCCUCAUGAUGGUGGGUUCUCUUCCUGCAACAGCCCCUCUAGCAGUGCCAAGGUCAAAGCAGAGACAACUGGUGUCUUAGCUGAGAUGUAUGGAAUAUUGGAGUUGUCCACUCACACAGCUCUUCUCCUUCUCAAUGUAGCACACACACAAUGCAAAGUCUUUUGUGUGGAACAAGCUCUGGCUGCAUGCAUCACCCAUGAAUAUGAAUCAAUGGCCAAGUUGUACAAGUACAAGGUGGGCAGCAGCGAGGCACAGUUAUUGAGCAUGCUGGUAGUUGAAUACUUGCCAUUCAUCUAG